UCUUUUUUUGCGUCACGAAGUUAGCUAUAAAUCAAAGACUCCCAUACUUAUCUUAAUCACAGGUUUGAAAGCCAUCUUCACUCAAAAAGAACCAAAGACUCUCACAGUCACAACAAACCAUGAAGGCCUGGUGUAGAGCACUGGCUGCUAUCACUGUUGCACUUUCAUUGAUAUCAUUGUUCUGGCCUAAUGGAGCCCAAGCUCACGCCCGUCCGUUCCCACAUGCACCUCCCUUCUCGGAAUCAUCUUCUCAAGCUCUCAAGGAUUUGCAAGCCGACAGGAAGAAUCCUGACAAGCAGCUGGACUCAUGCUUUCGAAGGAUUCCUCCGUCCACCUCCAAUCCCAUACAGAACAAGUUCAAUCCUCCAUCAGACAGAUGAGGUACAGAAGAAGGAUUACUGGAAUCGCAACAAUGUCUGAGUUUUUCUUUUUAUUCGUUACUAUUUUUGUUAGACGUAGAGUUGUAGUGUUUUACUUUUUAAGAAUCCAAGAAAAGUUAUAUGUAUUGUACUCAUAAGUUUUCGCCAACACAAAGCUGUUUUAUUCC